GUGCACACAAGUAAACAUGGUUCCGACUCGCGGCGCCUGAAGAUGGCAGGGCCGAGAGCGGUUACCAAAGCUCAACUCUCUCGUGGACUGCAAAUGCCCAACGCCUGCUAAACUAUUUAGCAAUGACAUUCAUUGGCAAGCUAGUAGCUUCUUUAGCUUAUCGCUAUCUCGCCUGGGCGACACCGCUGCCGAAGGGCGUUAGCACUGCGUCGCCCUCGCAGACGCCGCGCAUAAACUUCCCGCUGCUUGUGUAUAGCCACCGCGGCGGCGACCGCGAGGUGGACCCCAGCUGCGGCCUGCGCUAUGUGGAGAACACACUGCCCGCCUUCCGCAACUCGGUGGCCGUGGGCGCCGACCUGCUGGAGCUGGACGUGCAGCUGAGUGCCGACGGCGCCGUGGUGGUGUGCCACGACUCACACGACCUGGCCAGGCUGUGCGGGCCGGGCCCACCGCCGCCACCACCGCCUGCUGGGCCGGGCCGCAGCAGUAGCGUUGCCAGCGCCGGUGCCAGUGCUGCAGCAAGCGGUGGUGCUGGUGGUGCGGCAGGUGGUCGUGCGGUGGGGUCUUCGGGUCAGGCGGGGCGGCGGGGGCGUGUGGCCGACUACGCCGUGUCAGACCUGCCGCCGCUGCUCAGGCACCCGCUGCUGGAGGCAACCGGGAUCGGCCCCGGCCCCGCUGCCGCCGCCCAGACGCCUGCUGCUGCGGCUGCUGCGGGGUCUGGGCCCGCCGGAGCUGGGACUGGGCCCACUGCCGCUGCCACCGCCACCGGCAGUGACCCGGACGCGACGCGGAUGCCGCUGUUGGAAGAGGUUCUGCGCGAGUUCCCGCACACGCCGCUGCAGGUGGACGUCAAGGUGGCCUCACCCCAGCUGGUGGCGGCGGUGACGGAGCUGCUGGCACGGUACCGGCCCCUGCCCGGGGCACAUGCGAACAGCAGUGUCAACACGGACACAGCCGGCGGCGACGGCGUCAGCAGUGAGGCCGAGGGAAAGCUGAAGGCCCAGCCUGCAGUGGCAGCGCACACGGCAUCUCCCAACGGGCAAUCGCCAGCUGGGGGAGCAGUAGCAGCAGCAGUAGCAGCAGCAGCAGCACAUCCGGAAGCGGGCUCUGCUGCUCCCGCCCCCGCCCCCGCCUCCUGCUCCUCCUUCGCGGGCAGCGGCGUGCUGUGGGGCUCCUUCCACCACGCCACCUGCUGCCAGCUGCACGCAGCCGACCCCGCCCGCCCGCUGUUCUGCUCGCUGCCGCGGGCGCUGCUGCUGCUGGCGGCGCACCUGACGGGGCGGCUGCACGAGGUCGUCAUCUACGAGUCCGCCAUCAUUCUGCCCUGGCGCCUCCCCCGCGCCCCCACCUGGCUGGGCCGGGUGGUGGCGGGGCUGAUACGGGUGGCCACUGCGCAGGAGGCCGACGCCGCUGCGGCUGCGGCUGCAGCUGCCGCUACUGCUGGGGGCCAGCCGGCGGCUGGCGGCAGCCAGGGCGGCGGUAGUGACACGGCCGGGGCCUCGCUGCUGCUGCCCGACUUCUUCAGGGCGCUGCAGGCUCGUGGUGUGUCAGUGGUGCUGUUCGCUGACGUCAACACCGAGUCCGACUUCGCGGCCUGCCUGGGCGCGGGCGCGGACGCGCUGUGCACCGACUCGCCCGCACGGCUCCGAGCCUGGCUGCAGGGGCAGCAGAAGCAGCAGCAACAGCAACAGCACCACCAGUAGUAUCAUGUGCACGCGGCUGCAAGUGACAGCAUGUGGCGGCGUGGGGCUCGGGGGCGGGGGAAAGGGCAGUGAGAAGGAGCCGGUGAGCUAGGAACAGGCGAAAUACGUGUCACGUCCUGUCCCGGGUGUUGUGGAGAUGGAGUGAGGCUUCGGCGCCACGGGCGCAUGCCGGAGCAGUAACGCCGCAAACGCUUGGUAGGGAUAGGUGGGGAAAUCGAGUGGAUUGUGUGGCGCACGUGCUGUGCCGCGACAUCGCGGCAGUGCCGCAUGCAUGUGCGCACCAAGGCGACCACAGGGCGGUCUGGCUUCUGAAGUGGUCCGGCCCUGUGUUCUCCAGCAGGAGGGAAGGCCAAAAAGGCCCUCCUCCUGGCUGCCAGGCAAGUUUACGCCUAGACCGUGGAGGUGCUGCGCCAUUUCGAGUCAGAGUCCAACCCUUACACGCGGGCCGUUACUGUUUCUGGUUCACAACACACAUCCACACCUUGUAACCUUGUGUACUU